AUGUCGCAACUACUUCGUCCGGAACACUUGCAGGAUCGGCUUCUGUUUGCUAUUCCAAAGAAGGGUCGUCUUUAUGAAACAUGCCUUACGCUGCUGAAUGGCGCUGAUAUCCAAUUUAAGCGCGCCCACCGCUUGGACGUGGCUCUUGUGACUAAUCUGCCGCUUGCGUUGGUCUUCUUACCUGCAGCCGAUAUCCCGCGCUUUGUUGCCGAGGGAAAUGUGGACCUUGGUAUUACUGGCCAGGAUAUGGUGCAGGAAGCUGGCACAGCAGUCUCUAGCGCGAUCACAGAGGAGCUUCCUCUUGGAUUUGGCAAGUGCAAGCUGCAAGUGCAAGUACCCGAGAACAGCGAGACGAUUAAGAACGUGGAGGAUCUGAUUGGAAAGACGGUAGCCACUAGCUUUGACUAUAUGUCUAGUGACUACUUCCGUAAGUUGGAGCAGCAAGUGGGCAAGACGGGCGAGAGUGGUCAGCUUGCCACGAGCAUUCGAUACCUGAAUGGCAGUGUGGAGGCUGCGUGUGCACUGGGUUUGGCCGAUGGCAUUGUGGACCUGGUCGAGUCGGGUGAAACUAUGCGUGCCUGCGGCUUGAAGCCGAUUGCCACGCUGCUGGAAUCAGAAGCUGUACUGAUCCGCCCCACGAAGCCACACUCGACAAAGAGCUCGGAGAUCAUCUCGCUUAUUACAUCUCGUAUCCGUGGUGUGAUUGCGGCCAGCAAGUAUGUCCUCUGCCAGUACAACAUUGAGAAGGAGAACCUAGCCAAGGCACUCGAAAUCACCCCGGGUCGUCGCGCGGCCACUGUGAGUCCCCUGCGUGAGAGCGAAUGGAAUGCCGUGUCUAGUAUGGUGCUGCGUAGCGAGGUGGCGAACAUCAUGGACAAGCUGGAGAGCGUGGGCGCCUCUGAUAUCUUGAUCCUGAGCAUCAACAACUGCCGUGUGUAG